GAUGGAAUCGACGAGCUGGACGAUUUCACCAAAAUGGCUCGGGAGAGAGCUGACAUCGAAGCGAAAUACGGAAAAACAAUGCAACAAUUUGCAGAAAAAUGGAAAGCUCAUGUUGAUAGAGCUGUCCAGUCUGGAUGCAUUAAGAAAGCUUGGCUAGGUGUGCUAGAAGAAGCCGAAGCCAUUUCGGUCCAGCACAACCGGGUAAAGGAUCGACUGAUGGAAGAGGUUGUUCUCAAAACUCUGGCAUUAUACCGGAAGGAAAAUUACCAUCCAUCAGCAUUCCGUGCGCCAAAGGAAAUCCGUGAAGCAGAAGAAGGCUUUGAAAGGGUGGGUUCUGAGGAAGGCUUAUCAGUUACUGGAACAUCCUGA